AUGGAAACUGUGGACGUGAAGAGUGUAUUUCCACCAACAAUGAAGAUACUUUACAUUUUUAUGAUCUUCAUCUUCACCUUCACUGUAUCUUGUGGUCCUGCAGGCCAACAUAAAGAAACAGACGAAGCUUUAUACAGAAAGCGAGAAUGUUACCUUGUUCGUGGUAUGUGCAAGAAAGUGUGUAACAACUGGGAAUACGUAUUUAAUUAUUGUGAAUCUACGCCCUGCUGUGUGGUACGGGAAUAUAUAAAGCCUCCACAAUUCAAUAAAACCAGUACAAAUUAA